CAGGAGGUGCCCACGUGAUCCUGGCCUGCUGUCGGUGCCUGCGGUGAGGUACCUGGGCUCCUGAAGGGCGGGCGUUUAGGUCAUAACUGCCGCUGCCGGCGGACGCUCUCGGGCGACCAGGGUCGGUAACGACAAGCCGGCGGGGACAGUCACUACUUAGUGCCCACCGCAUGGGUCUGCUCUUUCUGCCACCUCCGCCGUCUCCACCUCUUUUCGGGUGAAGUCACAUUUGCGUUUCGAGACUUUGGGUCCUGAGGCCCAAACUCGACACGAGUCCCCACCACUCCUCUUUUUCACUCAUCCUCCGUCUCUUCCUUUGCACCACCACAUUAUUUAGCCUUUGAACUGGCCAGCUAGGCUGUUCCUUGAGGCCAAGUUCAAGGCGGUUUAAAGUAACCGUGGGGAAAGCAGCCCCCCAGUGGACAAAGGCGGAGGCAAGAAUAGAGCAGGCCUAGCGGCCACAGGCAAUUAAAGUAGGCGACUGAGGGUGUGAACAGGGAAAAAGAAAAAAAAAAAAAAAAAAAAAAAAAAAGAGAGUACUGCGGUUUAGAAAGGACUGGAAAGGACUUGUUGCACGAUGGAAGAAUCUGACUCUGAGAGAAAGAUGGAGAAAGAGAAUCUGGGGCCAAGAAUGGAUCCUCCCAUAGGGGAACCUGAAGGAUCGCUAGGGUGGGUGCUACCAAAUACAGCCAUGAAGAAAAAGGUGCUGUUGAUGGGUAAAAGUGGGUCUGGUAAGACCAGUAUGAGGUCUAUUAUCUUUGCAAAUUAUAUUGCCAGAGACACACGUCGCCUUGGUGCAACAAUACUAGACCGUUUACAUAGUCUUCAAAUUAAUAGCAGUUUGAGCACCUACUCUCUCGUAGACUCUGUUGGAAAUACAAAGACAUUUGAUGUAGAACAUUCUCAUGUUCGAUUUCUGGGAAACCUGGUAUUGAACCUGUGGGACUGUGGUGGACAGGACACUUUCAUGGAAAAUUAUUUCACUAGCCAGCGAGACAACAUCUUCAGAAAUGUGGAGGUUCUGAUAUAUGUGUUUGAUGUGGAAAGCCGUGAAUUGGAAAAGGACAUGCACUAUUACCAAUCAUGCCUAGAGGCUAUUCUGCAGAAUUCUCCAGAUGCCAAAAUCUUUUGCUUGGUACACAAAAUGGAUCUGGUACAGGAGGAUCAACGGGACCUGAUUUUUAAAGAGCGAGAAGAAGAUCUGAGGCGUUUGUCUCGCCCAUUGGAAUGUUCUUGUUUCCGAACAUCUAUCUGGGAUGAAACUCUCUAUAAGGCUUGGUCCAGCAUUGUUUAUCAGCUGAUCCCCAAUGUUCAGCAGCUGGAAAUGAACCUAAGGAAUUUUGCUGAAAUUAUUGAGGCUGAUGAAGUCCUUUUGUUUGAGAGAGCUACUUUUCUGGUGAUUUCUCACUAUCAGUGUAAAGAGCAGCGUGAUGCCCACAGAUUUGAGAAAAUCAGCAACAUUAUUAAGCAAUUUAAGCUGAGCUGCAGCAAGCUAGCUGCUUCUUUCCAGAGCAUGGAAGUCAGGAACUCUAACUUUGCUGCUUUCAUUGACAUCUUUACAUCCAACACUUACGUGAUGGUCGUGAUGUCUGAUCCAUCCAUUCCUUCUGCAGCUACUCUGAUCAACAUCCGCAAUGCCAGGAAACACUUUGAAAAGCUGGAGAGAGUGGAUGGACCAAAACAGUGUCUCCUCAUGCGCUAAACAUUGCCACAUUUCGUUUCAAAAAAUUUUGAAAUACUGUUUCUUAAUUAAUCUUAACGUUGUAUUCAUAUAUGUAGGCUCUGAAAUGUGAUGCUUACCACUUGUGUCCCACAUCAGUCUUAACGUUUAACCUUGAAUGCUAUUUACUAAAAUAGCCAGUGAGAAGUUAGAAAAUGAGCUGUUCAUGGACUUGAUGUGACAUAAAAGUAUGUGAUAUGUAAGUGUUCUGAUAACAAGAUUCUAAUAGUGUGUGUUCUGAUAACCUGGUUCUAAUAGUUGUGUAUGCCAUAGCCUUUUCCAACAUCAUCUUGUAUUCCUCAUUGGAUAGUAACCUAUAAGUUUGGAAUAUUACUAAUUUCUCAGCAUGCAUUAAAAUUAUUCCUUAACUUCAGCUGUAAAUAAACUUUUGCUGUUAGGGA